GCCGAGCAUUUGAAGAACAGAAAGAACAUCCACUUGUUGUUAUUUAUGUAUUUGGACAUCAGAACGGGAGAAUUCGAAACGAAGAUAUUGUUACGUUUCAAGCCAUUCAUAACGCCUAUACACUUAGUCCGGAUUCCUUAAUAAUAAUAGUUAAUGGACUACCGCCUGAUCGACCCAACACAUAUAAUAAAAAGACUCGAGCUGCACUCAUUGAUUUACUUGGCAUGAAGCUAGAUCAAAUUUGUUAUAUUGAUCAUCUCAAUUCAGUUGACAUACACCAAGAGGACGUUCGAAAAUAUUUAAUUGAUACCAUUUUAAAUGUUCAUCCUCGAAUACACAUUAAAACUAACAAUAUUAAUCUGAUGAGUGAUGACAUUUUCGAACUCAAAGAUGAUCUCGACAUAUUGAAAAUUCAAAUCAAUAACGAACGAUAUGAACAUGAGGAUGUAAUAGGAAGUAUGGAGCGAGAGUAUGAAGCGGUUCAGCGUUUAUCAGUUCUACGACGUUUAUUUUGUCAAGGAAAAGCUGAUCUUUAUCGAUUAAAAAGUUUUCGUGAACAGGAAAGACAUUUGAUAAGUGUUAUCGGACAAUGGGAAGCAGAAGAAAUCGCUUAUGCAGAUGAUCAUUCCUCUGAUCAUUAUAUUCUAGCUGUAACAAAUAAGCAAGAUGCUCAAGAACAAUUAACAAAAAAUUUUGCUAUACAAUGUCAAAUUAACGUUGCACUAAACGUAUGUCAAAAAGACAUUGAACAAAUUUGUUUUGAACUUGAGCAAAUUUAUGAUGGAAGAUUUGAUCGUGGGUAUGAACCUAUCCGUGAAUAUUAUGUUCUGCUUGAUAAUUUGCGCUUUGAUCCAACUGUUAUUGACGUACAACAUGAUUUUAUUAGUAAUUUAUGUGCUUUUACAUGCCGUCGUUAUGGUAAUAUUGACUAA